ACGAGGGACUUCGCUUGCAGUUUUGCAUGUAACUUAUUUAUGUGGCUGGUGCAUUGAGUCAAGUGAUAUUUUAGUGAUUAAGAAAUGGUUAGUACGACAGGGUUUGGAUCAACAAUGGAAGAAAGAUAUAAAUUCGAUGUUAGCGACGCUGAUUUGAGAUCGAACGGCUCUUUAGUUACUUCCGCUCUACAACAAGCGAACUUCGAUGCCUCUAUUCAACAGACAAGUAAGGACAUAAUUAAAAGGAAACUGACUGCUAGAGUUUCCCCGAUGACCCGACAUCACGAGCAAGGUUUGGACAGAAGACUUCAUCCGCUAGUUGUCGCUCCUAAUAGGGGAAAAGCGACUCGAACCUACGGAGUGAGCACCAAAACACAGCUUACUGAUAUUGGUGGUACAGCACCUGUAAUAAAACGCGGACAGCAAAAACUGGCGGAGAAGCGAAAAUUUCAAGCCACAAAUGUUAUUGUAGCUGCUAAAACUGUCAAGUCAGAAAGUUCUCUCAGUAAAAGAGAGGAACCUGUGACGAAACGGCCCAGACCUAUUUUACCACGGACGAUGGAAGUUUCAGUUCAGCCAGAAUUUAAACCGGUUGUCAAACCAGCAGUUAAACCAGCCACACCAGUCAGUCCGGAACCCAAACUGAUGAGUGAUAACGUGGCGACAAUGAGUCUCCUGUCAGCCACUGAAUGUCACCUUGCAACACUUCAAGAUGAAGAUGGCGAUACGCCUCUUCACAUAGCCAUCGCUCAUGGCAACACCCAACUGGUAGAAUACCUGAUUAGCCUUAUGUCAUGCUUAACACUGGACAUUUAUAACAACCUGAAACAAACACCAUUACACUUGGCUGUCAUUACAGAACAACCUUGUAUAGUAGAAAAACUUGUGUCUGCGGGAGCAAACGUGAACUUGCCUGAUCGUAAUGGUCAAACACCGACUCAUCUGGCUUGCAACAGAGCAAGUGUAGAAUGCUUAGAAACACUUGUAAAGGCAAGGAAUGCUCCCAACCUGGAGUUACAGAAUUUUAAUGGCUACACUCCUCUUCAUGAAGCUGUACUUGCAGGUUGCUGUGGUGCAGUGACAUAUUUAAUCAGACAGGGUGCAAAAGUAAAUUGUAAGGACGGAAAAGGUGGCCGUACACCUCUACAUCAUGCAGUAGAAAUGGAAAACAUGGAAGUUAUACAAGAAUUACUGAAAUGCGGCGCCAGUGCUAGUGAGGGUAGUUUCUCAGGAAACACUCCAUUGCAGAUAGCAAGUGGGCGCUCAAUGCAGAAUGUGAGGCUCCUACUGGAAGCAGCUAGUACUAACAUCAAACCAAAUAAACACAGAGAGAUCAUCCAAGUGGAACAGUCUCCGCUGGUUUUGCCAAAGUAUGAUGACCGGCGGCAAGUUAUUGUGAAAAGCACUUAUGCGUAACCUCGACAACCCAAGAUAGAUAAGAUAUAGUUAUGUUUAACUUCAAUGCAGCUGAUUAUAAUUAUAUAAUUUCUGUGUAUGAAUAUUAUUCCUGAUUGUACUCUAAUAAGCCAGGAGUUACACCUCAUAUAUUCACGUCAUUCAGUUAAUGAGCUCACUGGCAUAUUUACUCAGGUACUAACUAGAUGUAUAGAACAACAAGAUAUUUAUCAUUUACUACUAAUUAAUGGUUAUUUUUGUUGAGAUAUUGUGAGAAGUCAAUGCACAGUACAAGCAACUUUUAGUUUGGUAUAUGUAACUAGAUGAUAAAAUGGAACCUAGAAAACAUUUCAGAUGCAAUUAUCGUGAAAAUACUUACUAGUAAAACAGGGUCCCUAUCACUAAAUGGAUUUGCAUGGCAUUUUACACACAAAAAUUUUUUAUUUGAAUGUGUUUCAGCAUUACCUUUCCUUGCAUAACCCUUUUUAAUCAAAACUGCAAGAAAAAAUUUCUUUUCCUUUCAAACCUGUUCUCAUACUAAGCUUUUUCAAAAGAAACUGUUUGUAACUUAGGUCAGCAUUCUUUUGGUAGUAAAUAUUCUGAUCAACUUUUAAUUGCUGUUUAGUUAAUAAAUAGAUGUUUAUAAUCAUGCUGUUGAACUGCACAUUUUUAAAAAAUGCAAACUCUGAGUGAUGAAAUCAAAGGGGGCUUUUUUUUUUAACGAGCUGUUGUCAAGUGAAUAUUACCUCUGUGAAGUGUAAGUGCUCAGCAUUUGCUCAGAGCUUUCAUGUUUUUAAAGGUGCAGUAAUAUCACAGACCACAAAGUUACCAUGAUUGCUAUGCAAUGAAAAAUAUACCGUAAUCACUUUUUGGUGAAAUUGAGUGUAUUUGGCUCACGUAGAUGAGAAAAACUUAUAGAAAAAAGCAGAAAAUGCUUCACGGAAAUGAACCAGCUUCUGUGAAUUACAAAUUCAAAAAGUCUUGAACUUGUACAUUAAGAUUGCAUAAAUCAGCUGUUUAUUUCCUUGUUUGUAGUUAAAAGUUAUUUCAUUCAACGGGCUUUCAGCUCAGAGGUUUCAAAAAGAAUUGGGAAAUAGUUUCUUUUAUAAGUAAUGAUUAUCAAAUUUUUAUCAAAAUACACUCUUUAUUUUAUGAUGUACUGACCAUACAGGUGUAAAUUUUUGACAGAUUAAUUUUUUAUGCAACAAAAAGGCCUGUAAAUACAAAUUAGGCAAACAUGCAGAAUAAAUUGUGUCUGAAAACA